AUGGACGAGGGAGAUGGUCGACCCGACUUGCUGCAAAGCAUCGCAGGAAACCUACCCGCGCAUCCGAAGCCAAUGCGACAACCCGGGGCCAUGGAGACAACUUCCACCGUCUUCGAUGUGGCGGUCGCGCUGCACGAGCUCCAGAUAGACAUGUCGUCCACUAGCAUCAAUUCACUGCACGAGGUGGCGACGUCUCUGGGGACAGCGUUGUCGCAGUUCCCGCGGCGGCUGCGCAUCAAGGGCUUCAACCCAGGGCCCAACACCCCGUUCCGUCGCAGGGCCGACCACACAAUCCCCGGUCUAAUGCGCAUCCCGGAGAUUCAACAGCUGCGACAUCUGCUCCAGCACUCGUUCCCGGGCAUGACCGAGUUCGAGCUGGCCCUGGGUCCCCUGGGGAUCCCCGUCAACCACCUCAUCCACCCCGGGGACAUCCCCAAGAUCCUGUUCCGGAUCCUCAACGGCAUCGGCCGUCCCAUCACGGCUCUGUAUCUGACGAUGGAAGCCCGGGAUUGGUGCUGGGGGGACAUGCCUCAGGGCCGGAUUCCUCAGCUCACCGACCGGGUCCUGGGCCAGACUGAGACCCUGCGCCUCGACUGGGGGUUCUUCGCCAGCACCAGCACCCACCCGAUGGUCCAGUUCUACCGGAGCAUCUUCAGAAAACCGCUCCGCAAUCUCUUUCUUCACGGCAAGGGGAUGAACUUCUUGUUUCCCUCCGUGGGACCGACACUGGCUGCGAUCCCCUCGCGGGGAUGCAAACUGCAGCAGCUGACUCUCACAGACACCUACCUCUCCGACUCGGACCUGUUCGCUCUGAUCCCGCGUCUUCCGGUCCUCCGGUCGAUCACCCUGAAACGGGUCCAGGUCCAUGGCCACUGGCCGGAGGCCCUCACGAUGCUGAGCACCAUGUGUACCUGUCUGUCGGCGUAUACCUUCCGGCUGGUACUAUGGGUGGACGCUUUCGAAAGAGAGCCGAUAGCGCAGACCGAUGCGUAUCACUGUGGACUACCCGUGGACACCCAGGCGAGCCUGAGUCGGCUGGCCGACUCGCUGGAGCAGCAGCGUGUCCGCAAGUCUGAUGCCGCGCGGGUGAGCAUUUCCUUCAAGUUGAUCUAUAAACCACACAUCGCCAGUGAAGAACUCGCAACUAUGCUAUACAACUCUGCGCACCCACCGCACAUGGCGAACAGGUCAGCACCACCCACAACCCAAAGCAACUAG